AUGGGUUGUGGACCAUCGAACGGGGCCGUUCCGGUGGCAGGCGAAGGCAUAUCGACGAUCUCGAAGCUGGUCUACCCGCGUCCGGAGGCGUUUGAGGUUCCCAUCGGCGACCCAGCCAAUCCUGACAGCGUCAUCAAGAAGCACCCACCGAAACGGUUGAAGCGACUCGAGGAACAGUCCAGCAGCACCAACAGCCUCGAGGAGCUGGAAGAAAAACUGGCCACGGCCGAAAUCAGGAGGCAGCAGUUCCUGGCCAACCGCUCCCAGAAAACCACCUUCGAUAAGGAUGCGACCGACAACGAUGCCAGUACGAUUCCGGACGAAGGCGACGACGAUCGGUCCGGUGACGAAAGGGAGGGAGGUUUCGAUCGAGACGCUGACGCUGAUUCCGGUGUGGACGGGAGCGCCCCACAGGACAUCCCGGGGGGCGCUAGAAGCAACCGCCAGCGCCAUCGCCGUCGCCGGUCGGACGAGAUGGAUCCGGACGAGGAGCGAGCUCGGCUCGAGCAGGUGGACCAGCAGCGGCGCGGCUCCGAUCUGAGCGUAGGCCAUCUGGCGAGCAUGAAAAUGAAAAUGAAACGAUUCCGCAAGAAACCGCAUCAACAGUAG